AUGGCCUGCUCCUCCUCUCUCCCUUGGCAACACUUGCAGCACACCAUAGGUGGGCCAGCUCAUCCAUUCCUCCCCUUCCAAUGGUGACAGCUCUAGCAACGAUAAUGGGUCUCUUCCUUUGGCGCAGCAAGAAGAGGAUCAACCAAAGACGCCCCUACGUGAGGCUGCUGUUCUCUCCCCAUGACCAUCAGAACAAGAGGGAGAAAUUAUUUUCAUUUUGUUCUUUUGACUUUUAUAUAUUUAAACCUCUUUUAUCCUAAUUAAUGUAAUCUAAAUUUUGUGAAACUCUAUUUUCCUUUGCCUCAUCAAUUAUGAAUAGUCAAAGUCAUUGAAGGAAGUGGGGAAUCAUCCUUGCUAGCUAUUUAUAAUUUAUUUACAAGGUGGCUAGUUGAACCUUGAGAAAAAUCAUCCUCUCAACGUGUAUUGAAUUUUUUUUUGUGGCUGCUAAAUUUCAAAGAGUAAACAAAAUCAGAAUAUGAUCAUUAAUUAAUAUACAUCAACUAAUUCAAAACUCUCCUUGUGUUUGACUUGGUUUUCUACUAAUUCAUCAAGAAAUUAUUCCUAUGAAAAUUAGUUUAUAAAUUUAAGAUUAACAAUCUUAAUAAUAGUGACUUAAGAGAGAUCAGCCCACUAGUCAACUAGGCCUACAAGCAGGUCGAAAACACAGUCUAAUAGAGCCACAAGUAAGGGGCUCAUGUGACUAAGGAUUGGUAAGGGGACACAUGUGUGUAAUUCCCCUUUCACGUCACUAGUGGACAGCCAAGUGUGGGCCAAAGAGUGGUCGUACACAUGUGAGAGAGAGACUUAUUGAUCACAAAAUCUUAUGUUAUUAAAUAUAUGCCUCAAAACUCAAAAAAUAAUCAAUGUGAGACUAAAUUGGCGCACAACUUCUAGGAAGGUUUUUAAUAAUUUUAAUGCCUAAGUUACCCUUUAUUCAUGAAAAAGAGACACCCUUAUGAUGUCACUUUAUAAGGGUAUUCACGUACUUAUUUUACUUUCUCUUAUGUAGACAGGCGACUAGCGAGAAUCGAAUCCCACCAGUGUCAAAACUCAUAUAUUUAUCUAAUUAAAAUCAUAAUUUUCUUACAAAUUAGUUGUCAACAAUUAAGCUGCCAGAAUUAUUCAAUCAUCAACGAAAAUGUUGUCAACAUGA